GAUGCACGACGGCCACGCUGCAGUACUCAGCAAAGCCCACGCACCCACACUGGAAAACCCUCUAUUUUCCAUGCUUUGCCCAAAAAACCCCAUCAUGCCUGUGAGGCAGGAGAAAAAUGGGGGAGGGGGAGGAAAGGCAGGCUCCCUGUGAGUGAGGGAGAGGAAAGGACGGGAGGAAGGAGAGGCAGAGUGGAAGGCGCUGCCAUUGGCUGAGAGGUGGCGCAGCGUCACUGCCCGUGUGGGGGAGCUCUGAGGAUGCUCCACCGAGCUGGGAGGGAAUACGUUCAGGGCAGUUUGCACUGAGCGCUCAGCCAUUACCAGCCCAACGCUCUGCUCAGCCCUGUUCCACACCCAGCGUCGGCGACUCCUCUCCUCUCUCUGCAGCCAUGAAUUAUUUGCGCCGCCGCCUGUCGGACAGCACCUUCAUCUCCAACCUGCCCAACGGCUACAUGACAGAGCUCCAGAGGCCUGACCCUGCGCAGCCUCCGCCCGCGUCCUCCACCCCUGCUAAGUCUCCCACCAGCGGGCCCGCGCCUCCAGCCGCCUCCCCGGCUCCCGAGAAGAAGCCCCCGCCGGCUCCGUCCGCUGGUGCGGGAUUCUUCAGCUCCAUCACCAACGUCGUAAAGCAGACGGCUGCCUCAGCGGGACUAGUGGAGCAGAUCCAAGUCACGACACCCAAGAAGUUCAAGAUUCUCCUGGUCAUCGACGAACCUCAGCAGGAGUGGGCAAAACUAUUCAAAGGAAAGAAAGUGAACGGGGAUCAUGACAUCAAGGUUGAGCAGGCUGAAUUCAACGAGAUCAAUGUCGUCGCUCAAGCCAACGGUACCUGUAAUGUCAACAUGCAGGUUUGGAGAGGCGGCACUAGAGUUAUUAGGUCAUUCAAGCCAGACUUUGUCCUCAUCCGCCAACACGCCUUCAGUAUGACCCAUAACGAAGACUUCCGCAACCUGAUCAUCGGGCUGCAGUACGGGGGCGUGGCCACCAUCAACUCCCUGGAGUCCAUCUACAACCUGUGUGACAAGCCAUGGGCGUUUGCCCAACUCAUUAACACCCACAGGAAGCUGGGAGCAGAGAAGUUCCCCCUGAUUGAGCAAACCUUUUACCCAAACUACAAGGAGAUGGUCAGCAUGCCGUCGUUCCCCGUCGUGGUGAAGAUCGGACACGCCCACUGCGGAAUAGGGAAGGUGAAGGUGGACAACCACAGCAAGUUCCAGGACAUCGCCAGCGUCGUGGCUCUGACCCAGACAUACACCACCACAGAACCGCUCAUCGAUUCCAAGUACGACAUCCGAAUCCAGAAGAUUGGCACCGACUACAAAGCCUACAUGAGAACGUCUAUAUCUGGUAACUGGAAGAGCAACACCGGCUCAGCCAUGCUGGAACAGGUGGCCAUGACUGACAGGUACAAGCUGUGGGUGGACACGUGCUCAGAGAUCUUUGGAGGCCUGGACAUUUGUGCCGUCAAAGCCAUCCAUGGGAAGGACGGCAGAGACUACAUCACAGAGGUGGUGGGCUCGGCCAUGCCCCUGGUCGGGGAGCACCAGGCUGAGGACCGGCAGCUCAUCGCCGACAUGGUGCUGGCAAAAAUGAGCCAGUCUGCAGAGAAAGACGCCACUGCUCCUCAGAGACCGACCACCAUCCAGCCAUCGCAGGGAGCGGGUCAGAAGGGGGAGGUGGUGGGUGAACCCGCUAAGAACGGUGCUGGACGCGCCCCUCAGGGCUGUCUGCAGUACAUCCUGGACUGCAACGGCGUCGCCGUGGGUCCGAAACCCGUCCAGGCCAACUAAGACCCGGAGAAGGGCCGAGUCCCAGAGUCCAGAUCAAAGGGCACGAGUGGCCUGAAGUGGAGCGCUGGGGUGUGAGAGCUGAGUCCGAGCCGGGUGGUGUGAGGUCGGUGCCGCUGGGAGCAGGUCUGGACUGUGUUUUUAACUCUAUGCAGUGUCAAACGUACUGUCUCCUUGUUGACCUGUGGAUGUGUGUGCUUGUAGAGGUCACCUGCGUUGAGUAGCCGUGUUCUUUCUUUGGGGCCGUCGUUGAUGAUGUAAGAUACAGAUUGUGCCUACACUGAGUUCAGUGCUGCUCUGUGCUACCUGUUCGACCCAGCUGAGUCUUCAGUUGCCCCAUCAUUUGUUUUCUAAUGUACAUUUAGAUAUUGUUCAAACUGUGAGCUAUUGUGCAGUUUGAAGUUUGUGUAUAUCUCAAUAUGUGUGUGUGUGUGUGUGGUCGUAGUGCUGGUUUCUUUAAUAUUUAAACUAGAUAUUUCUUUUUCUUUUGCAUGACUGAUAACAAACGCAGGUACAGUCCGUUGUAAAUGUCGGCUCAAGGGGGACAUUCAUGUCACAUCCUUGUUUUCAUGCAUCGUGAAUGUGAAGAGUAUUAUUCAGGUGCAGCAGGAUAUAUUCGUGUGUUCAUAAUCCAACAGCGAGUGUGUACGCGGAAACAGAGAAAUGCAGUACGUCGCCUUUGUUAGACUUUUGUUUUCCAUCUAUCGUGUCACAGUAAGAGAUGUUAGAGAAUUAAUAGAAUAAAAGUUAAUCUGAUAUUUAUUACAAAUUGAAUUAUAUAGGAGGUUGUGCAAUGUCAUACGACUCAAAUAUAUUUGUGUAACUUUGAACCAAAGAAUGAAUUAUUUGCGGUCUGUUUCCCACCGUUUAGAUGUGAGUGAUGACACAGCUUCUGGACGCUACUCAUGUUUUCAGGUGGCCUGUUUGUUUGAUGCCAGUAAACUGGUGCUAUGUUCAGACUGGUGUCUGCUGCGUUGGUGUGUGGAGGCAGACGUUAUGGUCGAUCAUAAUGGAGUAUGAGGUAUGAUCUGCCAUAAUAUGCCAAAUGAAAAGCCCCCCUCGGUGGCCCUCAUGCUGGAGACUGGUAUCGUGGUGGAGUUGCCAUGACAACAGUGUUCAGGGCUCUAAGAUUCGCUGUAGACAGUCCUUUCUUUUUUUUACUCUGGUCACACUUUUCCUUAGGCUGAUGAGAAGUGCAAUAUAAAUCUUUGUUUUUAACUCAAAAAUUCAUGAUUUCUACAUCAGAUCAGCUCCAGUCAUUCAUCCAUCAAAUGUAAUGUUUUAAUCUUUUUACACAAACGCCACAAUCACCAGGUUGCCGUCCAGUGACUUCCUACAUCAGAUCACAUGAAUAGUGAAACAGCUCAACGUCAACCAAACCAACUGUAAAAAGCAACGUGUCCCGUUUCCAACACUUCGUCUGUAGCUUCAGUGCAAAACAUGUUCACGCGCUCGGUGUGCAUUUCUUUUUGUACAAAGCCAUCGUGUCUGUGGACGUAUUCUCGUAGAAAGCCAUGCCUGAGGCUUUAUGGACGUGUCGUUCUGUUCACUAGGAAAUACGCCAUCACCUUGAUUUCCAGGGACCAACCUGCAGAAGAAGCUCCAGUGUGUUACCGCUGCAUGGCUCGGCCGUGGUUUGAUGUGAUUGUCUACUUGACCCAGUAUAAUUAGAUGUGUUUAUUUGGCCAUUGUGUUGAGGUGAUACCUGCUAUAUAUUCAGACCUACAGGACUGUAACCAUAAAGGGCAACGGUAACUAAAUAUAUGUGCUAUUGAACCUGGUGUUGGACUGUUUCAAUCAAGAUCAGAAAACAGUGUGUUGGUGGAAAAAGUCCAUUCUGGAUAUUUCUCCUCUCUCUCUGGCAAUAAAGCUUCCUUUGCAAUAUA